AUGGGAAGAAAGCUUCGACACUUGCUGAUUUUCCUUCUCAUCAUCCUGAAGGAGAAUAACAACAAGAUAACUACUAUCCAUUCUGGUGCAUUUGGAAAUGUGCCCCAGCUACAAUGGUUUUGUUUAAACGGCAACCAGAUAACUACUAUUCAUUCUGGUACAUUUGCAAAUCUACCCAAGCUACAGUGCUUGCACCUUGACCGCAACAAGAUAACUACCAUACCUUCUGAUGCAUUUGGAAAUCUGCCAGAGCUAAUAAAGUUGUUCCUCAGCGGCAACCAGAUAACUAUCUUCCCUACUGGUGCAUUUGCAAAUCUUCCCCAGCUGCAACAGUUGAGCCUGGACAAAAACCAGAUAACUGCCAUCCCUUUUGCAAAUCUGCCCCGGCUACAAAAGUUGUUCCUGAAUAACAACCAGAUUGCUAUCAUCCCUUCUGGUAUAUUUGCAAAUCUGCCCCAGCUACAAUGGUUGUACCUGAACACCAACCAGAUAACUACCAUCCAUUCUGGAAUAUUUGCAAAACUGCCCCAGCUAGAAUGGUUGUACCUGAACAACAACCAGAUGUCGGCCAUUCCCUUGUCAAUCCUCUGUUUGUCCCCAUCUAAUAUCAGAAUAGAGCUUGAGGGGAACCCCUGGCAGUGUGACUGUAGGAUGGUUGCUGUCAAGCGUAUUCCUGCAUUUAAAGGAAUCCUGCCGGCAAAACAAGAGCAACACUAG